GAUAGGAAGUAUUUGGGAAAGAGUGGGGGCCGGGCAAAGCCAGCAAAUACUUCCAAGAGAAACAACCAGACCUCAUGACAAGAUCCAGUUCUACAGGGCUCAGAAUUUCAAUUCAAGGCGAAAUGUCAAAUACAGACACAAACUGAAAGAAGCAAUACAGCUUCCUGAAGCAAAAUGGAAGAUUCCUGGUACCUCUGGGUCUCCAGCAUUCUCUGGGCCUGGUCUGUGGUAUCAGGACAUCCUUGUAACGUUAACCAACAGGGAUGGGCUGCUUGCAGUGGAAAGAACCUUCACCAGGCUCCCAAUUCCCUCCCCAGACAUAUUACAAGUCUGGACUUGUCCUUUAACUCAUUGAAGAUGCCAAUACAUGGAACCUUUCUGAAAAGCUUCCCUUCUCUGCGCUUCUUAAACCUCUCCAGCAAUACCAUUCCUACUCUUUAUCCAUUACUCUUUCAUAACCUCAAGACUCUCCAUCUAUUGGAUUUAAGCAGCUGUAACAUUUCCUUCAUGCAUCCAAGGAGCUUUGUGGGCUUGCAGAACCUUCACACGCUGGUCCUAAAAAACAAUAAACUUCAAUCUCUUGACCCCGUCAUGUUCCCAAUUCCUUGGACCCUUGUUCAGUUGGACCUACAAAACAAUGAACUAUCUUCUGCAGAUAAACUUAUUCCAUUACUUGUGCAAAGAAUCCACCAUGUCAAACUUCAAGGGAACCCCUGGGUGUACAAUGGCUCCAUAAUUCCUGUGCAGAAAGGGCUUCAACAAAGAGAAGCUAAGCAGAUCCUCUAUGAAUCACACCCAGAACUCCAGACUCAAGAAAUAACCAUUCUCAACUAUCCAGAUGUUGUCCAAAGAAGAAAACAUCGAAUCCGUCGGGAUGAAGCUACACCCAGCAUAGAUCUACCAACAAACAGCACAUCCACGCCACUUCCUGGAAAACUAGUGAACAGCUGGCCAUAUUUUGCUGGUUUUGUGCUUUUGGCUGUUGGCAUCUCCAUUGCGAUCGCAUUAAUUGCAAAAUGCAAACUGCUCCAGAGGAACCGUGCCAGCUACCACCACCACCGACUGCCCGAUUCUCAUUCAGUUGGGAGCAGUCGUAUUGAGGAUGUACCUGGUUGGAGGGAAGCUGAAAUGGAUGUGGCCUAUGGGAGAAACCAGCCAAUCCCCAGAGCAGCUGGGUGCCCUGCAGAAGAUGAUGAUGGUUUCAUUGAGGACAACUACAUUGAACCCAGUCAUGACAUGCAAAAGGAGAAAGAGGAAAUGGAGCCCCAUUUCAAACUCUGAAGGUUUAGUAGAAAAUAUGGCCCAAUUAUUUGCAUCUUCCAGAAUCUGGACUGAGGCUUUCUUUUCUAUUGCCAAGUGCUUCCACAGCCUCUCAGUCCAAAGAAUGGCUUAAUUCAAAUUCUUUUAUCUCAUCUUCCUCUUUAACCACAAGGGUUCGCAAGAGGGCAUUGUUUUUGACCAAGCUUUUCUGUUCUGUGAACUGUAGUGUUCUCAACAUUCUUUCACUUGUGUAGCUUCAUCUUAUCCAUUUUUAUUCAGAAGUAAGUCCCACUUACUUUAGUGGGACUCACCGCCACAUAAGUGUAUACAAAAUUGCAGCAUCGCUCCUAUACCUCUGUUUCCCCUCUCCAUCCUCUCUAAUCCUGGCUUCUGCAUGGCUUCUUUCCCAGCCGAUGUUAAGGUUCUUAACUGUGCUAUAUUUCUCCAGUCACUGGAGAUGGAAUGGGCCUUUUGUAAUGAGGGAUGUAAGAAACGAGACUGCAAGAGGGAAGAAGUGUUGCCAACAUGUGCCAAGAGCGUGCCGGUUGUUCAGAGGAUAUAGGCAUGCCUGGAAAGAGAGCUCUGUUUACCCAUCUCUUGUGUGUGGCCAAAGGCGGUGAGUGCACUGUAUAGCACUGAAGGUGAAUUACUCUAGUUCUAGCUCUUGGCCACUUGCACAUGUGAUCAGGAAUGCAGUUGUACAAUUAUCAUGGGCACCUAUAGGAUAUUGCUGGUGAUGAAUUCCACAACUGCUCUACAUUCAUAUCAAGUUGUGAUCUUUCUUUUAAGACAUUUUAAAAUGAUGUGUAGUAUGUGUGCCAGUGUGAGGUGAAACCAAAAAAGGGUUUAAUGGGUUUUGUCCAGGGAUUAGGGCUGGUAUUGUCUAAGCAAUAAAGGCAUGAAAUUAACAAGGCUUUUUUCUAGGGUUUUACAAGGACUUGCUAAGCAAGUGAAGACAAAAAGGGCCUUGUCGAUGUCAUUUCACAUUUGCUAUUUGGAAUAAAAUAGACAAAACUCUCUGCAGCAUAGGAAAUAAAACACGCACUGCUUCCACAUA